UGCUGCUGCUCCUAAAAACGUGGCCUGGCCUGGAGAUAAUAGCGGUUUCUGACUCUGACUGAGAGAAAAAAAAACAUUUUAACUCGCUGUAUCUCUGCACUUUCACAGCAUACAGAACUGAAGCUGAACAGCCGAAACGACCAGAAUUUCCUUUUAAUGAUCACAGUUUUCCCCCAGAAAAGCUCCGGUCUGUGUGUGUGUGAGAGAGAGAGCGGCCGGCUUGCUGCAGCUAGCAUCCUGUCCCACUCCCCCUCUCUCAGCUCCAGCUCAGCAUCCAUGUUUUUCGCAUCCGUGUGUGUGUGUGAGAGAGAGAGGGAGUGUAUGAGUGUGUGUGCAGGGAGUGGCAGCGGCUGAGAGGAGCUAAAGCUGCGUGCCGGUAGAGCCCGACGGAGAGCUGCUCUCAAAAGAAAGCGCGGAGCUGUGUCCCCGGCGCGCGGUGAGGAAUUUUUAACACAAGCCGGACUUUAUAAGUCCCACAGGUGAAAUGGAGUGGGAGACCCACCGUUUUGAGCUCUAGUGCCUCGUGGAAUAACCCCCCCCACCAAGUGGACACCAUGAACAUGUUAAAAUCGAGUGGCCUGAAGAUCCCUGGUAGGGGUCCAAAGCACUCCAGCCCGGCAGGACGAACCACCACUGGGCAGUCUUCCUCCCCAGCAGCCACGAAAGACAAUGCCCAGCACAAGCAGACAACCCCAACCCCCAGCAGCAAUGCCUCGGACAAAUCCAGUUCUAAGGCAUCGGAGGUGGGCGACGAGGUUGUGGGUGACUUUGUGGUGGGCGAGCGCGUGUGGGUGAAUGGCGUGAAGCCCGGCAGCAUAGCCUACCUGGGAGAGACCCAGUUUGCUCCGGGUCAGUGGGCCGGCGUCGUCCUCAACGAGCUGGUGGGCAAGAACGAUGGCUCAGUGGGCGGCGUACGCUACUUUGAGUGCCAGCCUCUGCAGGGCAUCUUCACCCGGCCUUCCAAGCUCACCCGCCAGCCUGUGGGCGACGGAACGGACGGCCAGUCGGGUGACUCGUCUGCUACUCAGAACUCGCAGGCAGGCACAGGGACGGGGGCGACUGGCCAGCGCGUGGUCAUGCCCCUGAGAGAGGGUAUGCUUAACAGCGCUGUGAAGACUGGCAACGAGUCUGGCUCCAACAUGUCUGACAGUGGCUCAGUCAAGAAGGGAGGAGAGAAGGACCUGAGAGUGGGCGAUCGAGUGCUGGUGGGCGGCACUAAGACAGGUGUGGUGCGCUAUGUAGGCGAGACUGACUUUGCCAAAGGCGAGUGGUGCGGUGUGGAGCUGGACGAGCCGCUGGGGAAAAACGAUGGAGCUGUGGCUGGAACCAGAUAUUUCCAGUGUCCACCUAAGUUCGGCCUGUUUGCCCCCAUCCACAAAGUGAUCCGCAUCGGCUUCCCCUCCACCAGCCCGGCCAAGGCCAAGAAGAGCAAGCGCAUGGCCAUGGGUGUAUCUUCACUGGCCCACAGCCCCAGCAGCUCGUCCAUUAGUUCAGUCAGCUCCGUGGCCUCCAGCGUCGGGGGCAGACCCAGCCGUACUGGUCUGUUGACCGAGACAUCGUCACGGUACGCACGGAAGAUUUCGGGCACCACAGCCCUGCAGGAGGCACUAAAGGAGAAACAGCAGCAUAUCGAGCAGCUCUUGGCAGAAAGAGACCUGGAGCGUGCUGAGGUUGCCAAGGCAACCAGCCACAUCUGCGAGGUGGAAAAAGAGCUGAAUGCACUGAAGGCCGAGCACCUGCAGUAUGCAACAGAGGCAGACAGCAACCUGCAACAAGUUCGAACCCUAUUGGCUACAGCACAAAGAGACAAAAUGGAACUGGCCAAUCAGCUUGAAGAAGAGAAAAGAAAAGUGGAGGACCUUCAGUUCAGAGUGGAGGAGGAGUCCAUCACCAAAGGAGACCUGGAGACUCAGACAAAGCUGGAGCAUGCCCGUAUUCGGCAGCUCGAGCGGAAUCUGCGUUUGGAAAAGUCCAAAGCAGAGAAGCUUCAGAAAGAGUUAGAGGAGAAGAUGCAAACGACAGUGGAGGAGAAGAGCAGGGUGAUGCAGCUGGAGGAAGAACUGACUCUGCGCAAGGCAGAGGUGGAGGAACUGCAGGUGCGGCUGCAGAGAGCCUCGUCCUCUGGGCCCGAUGGUGCAGAGACUCUGAGCUCGGAAGCUCUCGCCCUGAGGGAGCAGCUCCUGUCGGCCGGCCGGGAGCACCGUGAGGAGAGCAGCCAGCUGCGGGAGAGGUACGAGGCCAUGCUGAGCGCCAGCCGCCAGGAAGCAGAGCGCCUCAGGACCUCACAGGAGCGGCAGAGCCAGGAGAUAUCGGACCUGCGGCAGAGACUCCAGCAGGCCACGCGCGAGAACAUGGAGAUGAUGGACAGCUGGAAGACGAGGCUGGACGCCUUGGUGGGAGACCACCAGCGUGCUCUGGAGGAGCUCAAAGCCUCGCUGACCAGCAACCGUGGAGCCUCAGAAGGCGAAAAAGGAGAUGUGCCUGAGAUACCCUGGGAGAGCUUGAGGAUGGAGCAGCAGCUGGAGGUAGAAAACCUGAAAGCGAAGCAUGAGAUUGAGGUGGCGGUGGUGACCAAGGAACGUGAAGAUCUUCGGACCAGGCUCCAGGAGCUUCGGGAGCAGCUUGAGGAGAGCGAGGAAAACGCCAGGGUCCAGGCCGAGACCAGGAACACCCAGCACGCACUGGAGGUCAAAGAUGCUGCCGACAAGCUGCAGAAGGCUGAGCUGAGGGUGGCGGAGAUGGAGCGGGUUCAGGUGGAGCAGGGGAGGAGCACACAGCGCCUCAGAGAGCAGCUGGAACUGACAGAGAAGAAAAUGGCAGACUAUGAGGCUCUACAGAGCGCAGAAGCUCAGAGCAGGGUUGAGAUCCUCACGCUGAAGGAGAAGCUGAGGGUCAGCGAGAACCGUCUGCAGGCCAUGGAGGACGGCCACACCACACAGGAUGCUAACAUGAUUGAAAAUAAUGACAGCUCUGAAGAGAAGAUUACGUUAAAGCAAACUAUGGAAGAUACUUUGGAGAAACUGACAAAAAGGGAAAAAGAAGUGUCCACUCUUACAACACAAGUAGAUGACCUCAAAACACAGAUAUCAGCCUUGGAGGGGAAGGUGCGCUUGGGGGAGAAGAAGGCGGAUGCACUCCUCAGGGAAAAGGCACGUCUGGAGGCGGAGUUGGAGACCAUGACCAAAAAAUCCCAUGAUGCAUCAGGCCAGCUGGUGCUCAUUAGCCAGGAGCUCCUAAAGAAAGAGAGGAGCCUGAAUGAGCUGCGAGUUUUGCUGCUGGAGUCACCACGUCAUUCCCCAGGCGUCGACCGGGACCUGAGCCGCGAGGUGCACAAGGCUGAGUGGAAGAUGAAGGAGCAGAAGCUUCAGGAUGACAUUAAGACCCUGAGGGAGAAACUGCUGCUGCUGGGGCGUGAGAAGUCAUCUCCAGACCACCGCCGCUACUCCAUGAUGGAGCCAUCCACCACUGACACAGAGGUUACACGCCUUAGGCACAGGCUUUUGAGCACUGAGGAGGCCCUGAGGACCGCGCUGGAACACAACCAGGAGGUGGACCAGCUGGUGCAGGCCAUGUGCAUGCGUCCUGAUAAGAGCCAGGCACACAGUGGUGCAAACUCUGCAAAUGGAAUCCACCAAGAUGCUACCUUCACAGAAGAGGAACAGCACUGAUGAUGAUGGACGCCGAGGCAGUGCUUGAUCAUUUAGGAAAAACGGAGGUACACAACAAAAAGGAGGAACCAGUCUGAUGCUUAGACAUCGGACUAUCGCCUCACUGGACAUCAUUGCUUUCUUUUCACAGUUAACACCAAAACAAACGACUCAAUCUCGAUAAAAAAAAGAAUGAAAACCAUUUAGCAAAGUAUAUGUACAAUGAUGCAAGAUGUUAUUUAAAACAAAUAAAGAGAUAUGACUGAAGCGGUACAUUACAAUUAUGGUUGUAGCCUCGGACCACUGACCCAUCCUGUAGACUACCUCCCACAUAGACAAUAUGACAUCUGACCCGAGGGAAGUAAAAGAGAGAGUUGGUCCAAAUGCUCAAGUUGGAGCAAAUGUUAGGGAAGGAAAGGGUGAAACGAUCGGUUGAAUGUAACUGAUCACAAUUAAACAUUGGCCUGGAUUUGUACUUGUUUAAUUUAUUUGCCUUUUAUGCUAUUGCGAAUAGACUGACCUAUCCUUGAUUUUUGCCUUCAGAGCCUAGGGCUUGAUGCUUUUCCCAUAAGACUGUCAAGACAUGGUGUUGGAUUCUACUGGAGCUUCUUUUUACAUUGAUCCUUUUUAUGCACUGUCCACGUGCCACAGUGUUCAGCCACCUACCAGUGUCAUUCCCAAUAAACCAACCAGUAAAGAUGCACCAUAACGUUAGUAGGAAUGCCAAACCACACUGCUGAAGCGGUCCAGACAAAUGCCGUAAAGUUAAUGUAGAGAAGACAAACAUCAAAGUCAAAGUCAGAAAUUUGAACUCCAGUAGUAGUGUCAUAUUAUUGCAGAGUAUUCAUACAUAAAGUUACAGUAUACUAUCCACUGUCCACUGCCCAGAUGUGAUGUCAAUUUAGCCUUCAAACUUAUUUCAUCUUAUUCAACAACAACAGCAACAGCUACAAAUCCCAACCAAAAAGUCUUAAUUCACACUUCUGAUCACUUCACGUACAAAAAAAAUACAUUUAAAGGCCUUUUUGAAACAUUUGUCGUCUUCCGAAUGUCAGCAGCUCAAUUUGAUUCUGUUCAGGAUUUAAGAACAUUAAAUCUGUUCACAUGCCCAAUUACAAUUAGGACAAUUGUGGCUUUCAAGCAGACUUUCUUUCCAUGUAAAAUUAAGAAAAACUGAGGAAUUUCUUAUCAGCGAGAAAAAGAUAGGGCUGGCCCCAAGUUUUGCAAAUGAAGCUUCAAGUUGUUGUUGGACUCAGAUGGUCUUUUAUCCGUUAGGAAGCGGUUUACUUUCUUGACUCUAGCUGUAAUGGUUCCUGAGACUCAAUCAUUAAACAUGAAUAAAACAA